AUGAUGGGUGUUCUGGGCGCUGGAGGACACCUUCGCGCAUAUUUCUCGCCAGCUUGCGCAGAGUGGACGUCAGGUUAUAUCGUCUGUCAAUCGGCUAUAUCCGCAAGAAUUGUCCCUCCUUGUCGGUACCGUGCAUCAGAGGUUCAGAAUUACCUUUGGCAGUACAGAAAUUGUCCUAUAGGAGCGGUCAGCGAUGUUUUUGGCUUCUCAAGCAAACCACAACCGCACUCCCACUUGGACAUCGUGCGAGCAAAACGUAUCAUCAUUUCGUUCCCCUGGCUCACCAGCUUACUUGUGUUCAACGGCCAUAUCCAUAGCAUCUGGGUGAUUGCCGUGAUCAUGUCCCAGGGCAGAGCGCACAAUGACGAGUCAUACAAUCAGCCCAUAUCCCUCUCCAACAUGCUUCAAAUAAUAGCAAGUCAGGACCUGGAUGGUGGAGGAUGUAUCCUGCCCAACCUUUAA